GAGUUCGGCUGCUGACUUCUUCGGCAUGGUGAUCUCCUGUGUUGUGGCUAAGGAUGACGUUGUUUGAGAAAGUUGGUGCCGUGCAUUCUCGAGGGAGACGCGAAGGUCGCGAAAGCGUGUCGGUGACGUGAUGCAUCUCGGUCAAAGUCCGCUUCGGCUUGCCAACGCAAAACACUUUUGGUCCAAGAAGUCUAGCCAACGGUGUCGCUAUACCGCAAAAUAUCAACUUCCUCAACUCGAGAGACAUUUCGACCUGCCGGACGGGGAGAGAUACGCACGGAAGAGUAGAAGGUCGCAGCGAAUCAAUACAGUCAUUACCGGCUCUCCAAGAAUUGUAACUUUCUCCAUCUCGAAAAUAAAUGUCUGGAUGCGCAAAUGCAGGUCAAGCUCUCAGUAGAGGCUUGAAGCUGUACUCGACCAGGACUACAUUGUCAUUACCAUUACCAUUCCUAUACCAAACAUCAACACUAUGUCGCUAUUACAGCGCUCUACAAGAUCUGGCCAAGGAGAAUGCGGCAAAAGCAGAACCCACCAUUCAGCCCAAGAGACCAGACCGAGAACCCACAUCUACCACCGCACACCGUCCGAAGCCUGAAUACCAAGAAUACGUCCCCUUUGAAACAUCUCCCGUCCACGAACAGACCGAGUCUCAGUAUUUCGUAGAAGGAGACACCCUUACAGGAACAGAGCGUAAUGCCUUUGCACAACUGGAAGCUCUGGGCGGCGCCCCAAUAGUACGACCUACCGUCAAAAAGUCAAGCUUCGCAGAAGACCAAUACGCGAGUCUGGACGAUAUCCUAAACCAAGCCCUGCUAGCCGUCGAAGCCAAAGAAUCAAAACGAAGAGCAAAGCCAUCUCCCACAAGCACGGAAACUAUCCCAAAACUACCUUCAGAAAAGCCGGUUCUCUCAGUCGAAAGAAUCAGCACAGUACAAGCCAUCCACCGCGCCCAAACAGACACCGCCCUCUGGUCCGUCCUAGAAACAAAAGUCUUCUCCCCAAUCGCCGCUUUAGCCCUCGACUCCACCACCCCUACACCCGAGGGUCUCGCAAUGUCCUUGGAGCGCCGUCGCUUCCAUAUGCGUCAAUUCCCAAAAAGCCUCAUCCUCGCCGCCUCUUACCUACGCACCUCCUUCCCAACCUCCAACAUGCUACUCUCCCUCCUCCCACGCAUAAAACAACUAGGUCCCUCCGCCCACUCCCUCGCCGCAACCCCAGACCUCUACAAUCAACUCCUCGCCUACCACUAUAAAAAAUACUUCGACCUCGACACUUGCUGUGAUUUGCUCCAAGAAAUGGAAGACGAGGUGAUUGAAUGGAAUGACACUACCCUGUUUAUUCUAAAUCACAUGCUAGAUCAGCGUUUGGAAGGCUUCAGAAAUGUCCCCCGCCCCACCCCGACAAAAUGGUUGUUCAAAACUGAAUAUUAUAAAAAGGGGUGGUUUGGGUUAGCGGCAUGGAGGGAGAAAGUUGAAAGGGAGUUGUUGGCGCAGAAGAGAAGGGAAGCGUUGAAGCAGGCAGCAGGAGGGGAACAAGGGGAUGAGAAAACGGGUGAAGAAGAAAAAGAGCAAGCUGGGUUUAUUCGCUAUCAUCCAUCGCAAGAAAAGACGGAUCAGUCUUUUUUGAAGACAGGGAGGAUGGGUUCAGGACCUAUGAUUAAAAAAUAUAGUUUGUGAUCGUCUGUGUCACAAUAGGCCAAAAAGCCUUUCUAUUCUCUCAAGUAUUUUCUUCCUCCGGACAUAUUUUCGUCGGUUUGUCUUGACUGAUGGGAAAUCUAGGCUUGAUAUUCGCCGUGUAUUGUUCCGAGAGAGACAAGAGGAGA